UAAAACUCCGUUUCGGCUCCCACCGUUAGGUUAAAGCAGCAUUUUUUUUAAGGAACUCGGGAGUCGGACACCGUAGGAAGUAGCAGAGUUAAGCUGACUUUUAGAAUCGCUGUCAUAAGCACUGUUUCAUUUUAGAGAGUCGUUUCUAAACAUAUCAUUCCUGCAAGCCUUACACUUGUAUUACGGUUAACAGAAAUCGACAUUGUUUCAAAACUUCUACGGCGCAGAAUGCCUGUGAAAGGAGGCGGAAGAGUGACUGCGUAUCCAAGCAAAGGCGAAAAUGUCGGAAGCUCAGGAAUGGAGGAGACUGUUUGGGAGCAGUACACUGUGAGCCUACAACGGGAUUCCAAGAUGGGGUUUGGCAUCGCCGUGUCCGGGGGGCGGGACAACCCCAAUGUGGACAGUGGAGAGACGUCAAUCAUCGUGUCGGAUGUCCUGCAAGGCGGGCCAGCUGACGGGUUACUGUUUGAAAAUGACCGCGUCAUCCAGGUCAACUCUAUUCUCAUGGACAACGUGCCUCAUUCCUUUGCUGUACAGCAGCUACGCAAAUGUGGGAAGACUGCCAAGAUUAUGGUGAAGAGGCCUCGGAAGGUGGCUCUCCACUCCCUGAAACGCCCACCCUCCCCCGGCGCCGAGAGUCGUGAAUUCGGCACCACCCGUUACUAUGACGCCGACGACAACCAGAGCGACAGCGGCUGGCACCGCGGCAACGGCGGUCCCGGCUACCCUCGCGAUCUCACCCCCGACAAGAACUACCUGGAUCCCGACUAUGGUAGCCGUGGAAACCGGGGGAGGAGCCGCGGGCGGAGCAUUGACAGGGCGUCACCGAGCCCGGAGCCUCGUCGUGACAACAACAGGGGCCGGACCUUGGACCGGGAGCCGCCCAGUCCCGAAAGGAUGCGCUAUUCACGUGAACGCAGCCGGGGGAGGAGCAUGGACAGAGCAUCGCCGAGUCCGGAGCGGCACCGUGACAACAGCCGGGGGCGGGCCUUGGAACGUGAGCCUCCAAGUCCCGAGAGGCCGCGCUACACACAGGAUCGCAGCCGGGGGAGGAGCGUGGACCGGGAGGACAGCUAUGAACGCGGAGGGGGGAGAUACGGUGACGGGGGAGGCACUGGGGGGAGGAUUGUGAAAAGUAAGAGUAGAGACCAUCUCCAGGAGCUGUCCCCCUCGCCUUCCCCGGACCUCCCCCGAAGAGGAGGAGCCAAGGACCUGGAGCCGCUGGAGAAACCGGUUAACGUCCUGUUGGUCAAGAACAGACCCAACGAAGAAUAUGGACUUCGUUUGGGCAGUCAGAUCUUCAUCAAGGAGAUGACCAGCACAGGACUGGCUUCCAAGGAUGGAAACUUACAAGAGGGAGACAUCAUUCUCAAGAUAAAUGGGACGGUUACAGAAAAUCUCUCUCUGAGCGAUGCAGGGAAGCUCAUAGAGAAGUCAAGAGGAAAACUCCAGCUGGUCGUCCAGAGAGACCGCCGCCAGAUCCUCAUCCGUAUUCCGCGUCUCGUAGACUCCGACUCCGAACCUGAUGACAUCUCCGAGAUGGAGUCCUACCAUUCCUACUCUCCACAGGAGGACCGGCGGUCUCGUCAGUCGGACCUCUCCUCCCACUCCUCCAACGAUAGAGAGAACCCCAGGCCUGUGACCAGUCUGCAGGACUCUCCCAGGGUAGCCAAGAUGUCUGCCAUGGCCUCACCCUUCAGGGUGCCUGCCCCACAGGACCCCCCCGCCCCCGGGCCUGCCAACCUAGACUCAGGGGGGCCGCAACGCCUUGACGAGCCGAACGCUUCAGUAAAAACCACUCCAAAGAUUCUGCUGCGCCCCAGUCCAGAGGACGUGGAACUCUAUGGGCCGAACACGGUGAUGGUGAGUUUCCAGAAGGGGGACAGCGUGGGUCUGAGGCUGGCGGGGGGCAACGACGUGGGCAUCUUCAUCGCUGGCAUUCAGGAGGGCAGUCCUGCCGAAGAGGAGGGGCUACGCACUGGAGACCAGAUCAUGAAGGUGAAUAACGUUGACUUCCGAGGCAUCGUGAGAGAGGAGGCCGUACUCUUUCUGUUGGAAAUUCCUAAAGGAGAGGAUGUCACCAUACUGGCCCAGAGCAAACCUGACGUCUAUAAUGACGUCCUGUUGUCCGGACGUGGCGACUCCUUCUUCAUCAGGACUCAUUUUGAGUAUGAACGGGAGACUCCCCAGAGCCUUGCCUUCUCCAGAGGGGAGAUCUUUAAGGUGGUGGACACCCUAUAUGACGGCAAGCUGGGCAACUGGCUGGCCAUCCGCACUGGCAAGGACAAACAGCUACUGGAGAAGGGCAUCAUCCCUAACAAGAGCAGAGCCGAUCAGAUGGCGAGCGUCCAGAACUCCCACAGGGCUGCCGGGACAGACCGCGCCGACUUCUGGCGUCUGAGGGGUCAACGUGCGGCCAAGAGGAAGGAGCUGAGGAAGAGCCGAGAGGACGUCAGUGCCGCGCCCGUCGCCACGCGCUUCCCAGCAUACGAGAGGGUCGUGCUCCGCGAGGCCGGUUUUAGGCGUCCUGUAGUACUGUUUGGUCCUAUAGCCGACGCAGCCAAUGAAAAGCUAGCCAGCGAGUUGCCAGACCUGUUCGUCAUUGCAAAGACAGAGCCUAAAGAUGCCGGGUCUGAAAAAUCCUCAGGAGUUGUGAGACUGAACACCAUCCGCCAGAUCAUUGAGCAGGACAGGCAUGCCCUGCUGGAUGUGACUCCCAAGGCGGUGGACACCUUGAACUACACCCAGUGGUACCCAAUCGUGGUCUUCUUCAGUCCAGACAGUAAAGCCGGAGUUAAGGCCAUGAGGCAGAGGUUGAUGCCUUCAUCCAACCGCAGCGCUAGGAAACUCUACGAGCAGGCUGUCAAACUGAGGAAGACCUGCUCUCACCUGUUUACGGCUACCAUUGACGUAAAUUCGGCCAACGAUGCAUGGUAUGGCAGUGUGAAGGACUCUAUCAGGGAGCAGCAGACUCAGGCUGUCUGGGUCUCUGACGGGAAGCUGGACGGGACGGAGACGGACCUUGAUCUCCACGACGACCGCAUGUCUUACCUGUCAGCCAUGUCGGCCGACUACCUGAGCAUGGACAGCCGACUGGCCAGUGACUAUGACGAUACGGCGGACGAGGGCGGGCCAUACACCGAUAACGAGCCGGACAACGAGCCAGUUGACCAGCUGCACGUGUCGGCUAUCAGCCGCUCCUCUGAACCCGUUCUGGCAGAGGAGAUCCUGCGCAGGUGUAGUCCAGACAUACGUGGUCACAUCAAGAAGGUUGGCAGCAGGGAGAUCCUCAGCAGCGCGAGUCCACCCCCCGCAUUCGUACCUGAUUCCCCCAAGGUAAAGCUGCUGUUCGUGGACGAAGUAGCCCCUCCCAGGGGAGUGGUAGGGGCCUACGAGGCCCCGCCCAGCCGAAGCUACGACUCCCACUCCUCCAGCCCUGCCAGCAGCGACCCUCCUCCUCUCCCUCGUGCCCUCAACUCGUUCGGCAAGGCCAAGCCCCUGGCCCCUGCUCCCGCCGGCUUCAGACCCUCCUAUAAUCCCCAGGACACCACCAGCCGUCUGGCCCCAGUCACAGCAGUGUCAAGGGUCCCGGAGCAGCCAGGCGGGAGUCCCGAGGACCCCAGCCUCAGAACAUUUCUGGGGAAGAUCAAGGCCUUUGAGAAGAUGGACCACUUUGCCCGCGCUCAAAGGAUGCUGGAGCUGCAGGAGGCCCAGAAUGCCAGAUUGGAAAUAGCCCAGAAGCACCCAGAUAUCUACGCUGUCCCUGUGAAAACCCAGAAGCUGGACCACAGCCGGCCACAGCCAAUAGGUUCCAGCUCCCGUCCCGAGCCUCAGACCCCUUCCUCCAAGUUUCCAUACCCUGAGAGUCGUGGGUUCUACCCAGGCGAAGAAGAGGAGGAGUACCGACACCAGCUAGCAGACCACACCAAGAGAGGCUACUACCAGACCAACAACCAGAAAUACCAGGACACAGAACUCUAGACCCCGUCACCUACAAACAGAAAAACCAGACCACAGAACUGUAGACCACACCGCCUAAAACCAGAAAUACCAGGACACUGAAUUCUGGACUACUCCAUAUGAAAUCCAAAAUACCAGGACACUGAACUGUAGACUAACCGCCUAAAACCAGAAAUACCAGGACACUGAAUUCUGGACUACCCAAUAUGAAAUCCGAAAUACCAGGACACUGAACUGUAGACUACAACGCCUUCAACCAGAAAUACCAGGACACUGAAAUGUAGACUACACCGCAUAUAGCCAGAAAUAGCAGAACUGAAGGUUAGCGCCACUAUGAGCGCUAACGCCCUAAACUGUAAUGCCCCUCCUCUACUGGACCACCUGCCACCCCUUACCAUAUAUAGGCAUAAGACCACCCCUUACCACCCUAUAUAGGCAUAAGGACCACCCUGUAUAAGUAUAGGGCUGGUUGACAGAACCAACCACACACACCAUCCAUUCCUCCGGUUCUCCUCCCCUAGCCCUGCACCAAUCCGCUGCUGACUCAGAAGCCAUCCCGCUUUACGUUUUUUCUUAAAAACUUUUUUUUGCUUCAAAGAAGUCAAUUGAUCUGUACUAUCCAUUUGGAUAGAAUCACACAUUUUUAUUAUUAUUACAAUUGCUAUUAUUAUUUGAAAGAAUUAAUUGUAUUAGCCAGGCCCAGCACCGGGGGG